AUGGCGGCUUCCGCGGAAUCUUAUACUGAUGUGCUCAUUGUCGGUGCUGGUCCGGCUGGACUGGCCGUCGCUUACUGGAUGGCGCGAUGCGGUAUUAAUGCUCGUGUCGUCGACAAACGGGACACCAAAAUAUUGAGAGGGCACGCAGACGGGCUGAGGAGCCGAACCAUUGAGCUGUUCGAUAGUAUGGGAAUUGCGCAUCGCGUCAUGCAGGAAGGCGACCACUCGGCGGAGCUCAUGUACUGGAGACCAAACGACAAAGGGGAACUGAAACGCGCAGGAAACACAGGAUUUUCCAGCGGGACGGCUUCGCCGUAUAAGAUGGCCAUGUUGUCACAGGGGCGCGUCGAGAGAUUCAUUCUCGAUGCCAUUAAGGAUUCAUCCGAUCUCGAAGUAGAAAGGGGUGUCGUCGCAGAGUCCUUGAGCUAUGAUCAGAGUCCUGAGGAUCACGGCCAGAAAUACCCCAUCACGGUCAAGUUGCGCACACUUAGUGAAGAGGAAGCAACGCCAUUCUCACAUCCUGGUAUCUCUAAAGUCCCUGCAGCGCGGGACGACCAGCAAGAUCUAAUCCAGAAACGCAAACACCCGGUCGGGACGGUUGAGACAGUCCGGGCCAAAUACCUCAUCGGCUGUGACGGGGCCCAUAGCUGGACGAGAAAACAGUUGAACAUUCCCUUUGAGGGAUCGAACACAGACCACAUAUGGGGUGUGGUGGACAUGGUCCCUAUUACCGACUUCCCUGACAUCCGACGCACAACGUCGCUGGACAGCCGGAAUGGACAUCUACUCAUCAUUCCUCGUGAAGGGAACGUUGUGCGCUUGUAUGUCCCGCUGCAAGAAGACGAGGUUUCGGCCACAUUCGAUCGCUCGGCCGUGACAUUGGACACGCUCCGUAAUAGAGUGAAGAAGAUCCUCUCGCCAUUCUCCUUUGACUUCAAGAUAUGUCACUGGUGGACCGUAUAUCAAGUCGGUCGGAGAUUGGCACAGUCGGUCAACAAGGGCCGCGUAUACUUGGCCGGAGACGCAGUGCACACCCACUCCCCGAAAGUCGGACUGGGAAUGAACGUGAGUUUCCAGGACGGCUUCAAUCUCGGAUGGAAAGUAGCCCUGGCCGUGCGCGGAGUGGCGCAUCCCUCCAUUCUCGACACCUACGCGUCCGAGCGUCAUCAGCUCGCCAAAAUGCUCAUUGAUUUUGAUCGCAGAUGGUCUGCUUUCUUCUUACAAGAGGAGCAGAAGCAGAAGGCAGUCGAUACAUCUUCGGCCCCCGAGGAUAAUUCGGCGGCCAUGUCCAGUCUUUUCCGCGAAACGGAACUCUUCACGGAGGGACACGCCUCGUUCUACGGGAAAAGCUGUUUGGUACACAAGGGCAGCACAGCAAUGGCCAAGCACCUGGUGGCGGGAGAGAGAUUCCUCCCGGCCAUUGUGAGGAACCAGGCCGGUGGUCGACCGAGCUGGACCACGCGCCUCCUGGAGAGUGACGGUCGCUUUCGGAUCCUGAUUCUGGCCGGCGAUAUGCGGCUGAAGGACCAGAAGAAUCGCGUUUCGUCUCUGGGCGAGAAGCUGACGGAGCUUCUCAUGCGCUUCACGCCGCCCAAAAGUAAGCUCGACUCGAUCAUCGAGGUCAAGGCCAUCCAUACAGCGCCAUGGUUGGAGGUCGAACUGAGCGAUUUCCCUCCGGCCGUGCAUCAGUUCGACGAGGAGCAGGGCUGGGAUUAUAGUAAGGUGUGGAGCGACAGCAAAUGCUUUUGGGAGCCUCAGUGUGUCGGCAACGCGUAUGAGGUUUGGGGGGUGGACAAGUCGAGAGGGGCCAUCGUCGCCCUGCGACCGGAUCAGUACAUCGGAUGGAUGGGAGAGAUCGAAGACGUGGCCGGUUUGACCCAGUACUUUGAAAGGGUUCUUCAAGAGGUUCGCCCGCGCUCUUUGCUGUAG